ACGGCAGGGUCUCAACCCUCCGAAACGUUCGCUUUGGACAAGUGUGGAUUGGCGUCAUAUUUCUGGUGUGUCGCUGUUACUGAUCCGGCGUGCUUCAGCGUUUGUUUUCUGCCGUCGAGAAGUCUGAGAGAUGGAGAACACGGGAAAGGUCAAGAAGGGUGCCGGAGGAAGGAAAGGAGGUGGACCCAAGAAGAAGCCCGUCUCCCGGUCUGUGAAGGCUGGUUUACAGUUCCCCGUCGGAAGGAUCGGUCGUUACUUGAAGAAAGGUCGGUACUCGCAGCGUGUCGGAACUGGUGCCCCAGUUUAUUUGGCUGCCGUCCUUGAAUAUCUUGCAGCUGAGGUGCUGGAGUUGGCUGGUAACGCAGCACGGGACAACAAGAAGAACAGAAUUAUCCCAAGGCAUGUGUUGUUGGCAGUGAGGAACGACGAAGAGUUGGGGAAACUUCUUGCUGGUGUAACGAUUGCCUACGGAGGAGUUCUCCCCAACAUCAACCCUGUUCUUUUGCCCAAGAAGACCGACAAGGCCACCAAAGAGCCUAGGUCUCCAACCAAGGCUACUAAGUCCCCCAAGAAGGCCUGAGCUUUUGAUUUCUUUUCUUCAAUCUCUCUUUUUUAUUUUUUUUCACCGUGCAUUUUGUAUGUAAAUUUGGGACUUGUAUCCUUUCUAUUGGUUCCAUUUCUACGAUUUUAGUUAAUUCCAAAUCGCCUUCACUCCUUGUGAUCGCUAUUUCGAUUAAAUGAAUGAAACUGGUUGUUACCUCAUUGUUCU